GUGUCUUUCUCCUUGCAGCCUCCCAUCAAGGUUUUUCUCCUCCCUUCUCCGAUCAGCCGAGCGUGUCUCGUGCCGUGAAGUGGUCGUGUUGCUGUGACGGCUGCACGUGUUAGCGCCCUUGGCGCCGACUUGGAAGUGUCAACGGCCAAUACAAAACCUCCCCACGCUGCCCACAAGAGUCUCCUUUCUUCUCCCUGCUUUUGUCGUGGUUGUGGCGGUGGUGGCGGCAAUGGGCGAGGGAGAAGCCAUGGGGAACGGCGACCGUAGAGCCGACGUCCCGGAGAACGCCCCUGAGCAUUGCCCGGGCACCGAAUCGGAGAUGGCUGGGAAGGCUGAGGCUUGUGCGGGAUGCCCUAACCAAGAGGCGUGUGCUACUGCCCCCAAGGGCCCUGACCCUGAUUUGGUUGCUAUAUCAGAGAGGAUGGCUACCGUAAAACACAAGAUUUUGGUUUUGUCUGGAAAGGGUGGUGUAGGCAAGAGUACAUUUGCCACUCAGUUGUCAUUUGCCUUAGCUGCAAUGGAUUAUCAGGUGGGUCUGCUUGACAUUGAUAUAUGCGGUCCCAGUAUCCCCAAGAUGCUUGGCCUUGAAGGCCAGGAAAUACAUCAGAGUAAUCUUGGAUGGUCACCCGUGUAUGUAGAGUCCAAUCUGGGAGUGAUGUCAAUUGGAUUUAUGCUCCCAGACCCAGAUGAAGCUGUCAUAUGGAGAGGUCCACGCAAGAAUGGACUUAUUAAGCAAUUCUUGAAGGAUGUGGACUGGGGAGAGCUUGAUUAUUUGGUGGUUGAUUCUCCUCCAGGUACCUCUGAUGAGCACAUCUCCAUAGCACAGUAUCUAAAGGCUACUGAUGUUGAUGGUGCUGUUAUUGUUACAACUCCUCAGCAGGUCUCUCUUAUUGAUGUCCGAAAGGAGAUAAGUUUCUGUAACAAGGUGGGAAUUCCGGUUUUGGGUGUUGUGGAGAACAUGAGUGGCAUCCAGCAAUUGCUUGCAGAUUUUAAAUUUGUGAAAAUUGCAGAAGACGGUAGUGAGGAGGACAUGACACAAUCGACUCUCAGCUACAUCAAAGAAAAGGCACCGGAAUUACUUUCUCUUUUCGCAUGUGCUGAAGUUUUUGACAGCAGCAGUGGUGGUGCUGCAGAAAUGUGCAAGACAAGGCAUGUGCCUUUCCUGGGAAAGGUCCCAUUGGAUCCACUCCUCUGCAAGGCAGCUGAAAAUGGCCGGUCCUGUUUUGCUGACCAAAAAUGUGGUCCUGCUGCUCCUGCCCUCCGCAGGAUCAUAGAAAAAUUAAUUCCUUUACUUCGAUCUCAUGAGUGACCUCCCUCUCCGUGAGCUGUUUAUGUUUUGGUUUGUUACUUUUAAGAGAUGUAUCUUGUUGAAAGGUUUGUGCCACACUUCCCCAAGUCAUACAUGGAAUAACUUAUGUUUAUCUUUUC